AAUAAUAACAACAAUAAUAAUAAUUGCUAUUUGUUUAUAUUAUUGAUAUUCCUAAAUUUAUAUUUGGUUAUAAGCAUGGCUUAGAUAGUAUACACAUAACACAUUACAGUCAACGUCAUUCCAUUUUUUCCAUUGUUGAGGUCGGUCUGCACUCACUGCUACUUGUCACGUGCUGCACAUUUUGCCGUUUGCUCUGUUUACAUUUCCGUAAAAAAUUUAAAAAUUUAAAAUAUCAAUCGAGAUGUUGUCGCAAGAUAGUGCCGUGGCUGGCCACCUGUUGCCGCGUUGAUGACAUUUUCAUCGUUCAUUAUUCUCACCUCAAAUAUCUGGACGAAGUAUAACACUUAACACGCCUCUUUUUAGCCCUAGCUGACUCAUAGCCCAUGGUUUACUAAUUACAUCGAAUCAAAAAUGGCUUGCUUUGGAUUCGACCGUGACGCGCCUGAAGUACCUGGACAAAUCCGUGUCAGGGGGUGUACGGACAUAGUAUGGCUGUGCGCAUUUUUGGUUCUCUGGUGUCUGAUGAUAUUUAUAGCUGUAUUUGCUUUUAUCUAUGGCGAUCCUCUGCGUUUGAUUAAUGGCCACGAUAGUUUUGGUAACACUUGUGGUUCUUCUGGUAAUUUCAAAAUGGGCAAACUCUCCAACUUGGACACUACAGAUAAGAAGUUCCUAUUCUAUUUAGAUCCAGCCAACAUUGAACAUAGUAUGCAGAUAUGCGUUAAACAAUGUCCAGAUAGUGAUAUAUUAGCGUUGGAAGAUCUUCAGAAUUUUUAUAACCGAACAGAUUCAUUACUUUGCAGCUACAAUUUUGAUUUGAACAAUUUUACUACUGAUGAAGCGCUUUACAAGUCUACUAUUAUCACUACAUCUUUGGGGCCUUGUCCUCCAUUCCCUGUUUACAAAAGUCAUCAUGUGUUGAAUAGAUGUGUUCCUGAAGAAUUGAAUAAUCAAACAUUGCCUUUGAUUUACAAUAUUUAUAGUAUGAUGAAUGAUUGGGAUUUCACAGAAGAAAUAUUGAAUGAUUUGUACAAAACUUGGCCACAAAUGUUGUAUUUCACAAUAUUAGCUUUUGUAUUGACAUUUAUCAUCAUUUUACUGAUUCAUUUACUUACAAAAAUUGUUGCCUAUAUAUUAUUGAUUGGUGUCAGCUUGAUGGUUCUAGUAAAUGUAUUUUUACUUUGGUGGGAAUAUUUUACUUUGAAAAUACGUCUUGACAAAACUAUCGAAGCACAAACAUUAAGUGCCGAUGCUUGCAAUGAACACACCUUUCUAAUACUUUCCAUCCUUUUUACAUUAUUUUCGAUUAUUAUACUUUUGUUGGUUUUGGCUAUGCGUAAGCGAUUGAAUUUUUUGUCCACUUUGUUUCAUGAGUCGGCUGAUUGUUUGUCUAAACUUCCAGCCUUAUAUUGGCAACCUAUGUGUACAUUUUCUGUGCUACUUGGUUUGUAUGCAUUUUGGACUGCUGUGAUCCUUCAUUUAGCUACAGCAAAUUAUCCUGGUACAAGAUCACUGAAAUUAGUAACUGAUUUUGUUGAGCAAAACAUGACAACCAAUGAUUCAAUGAUUUUGGAAGAGUCGGAGAAACAUUUUUUGCCAUUUAUCAAUGCUGUAGAGUUUAAAGAUGCUACUUGGGUACGUUAUAUGUGGUGGGUAUAUUUAAUUGGCCUAAUAUGGUCAUCUGAAUUUAUAUUAGCAUGUCAACAUAUGAUUAUUUCUGGAGCAGUCGCAAAAUGGUAUUUUACCAAUGGAAAAAAUAAAAAAUCUGUUGUCCUUUCAUCAAUGUAUAAUCUAGCAUUCUACCAUUUGGGUUCUAUUGCUCUUGGAUCUCUGUUAAUCAUUUUAUUUAAAAUUCCCAGGCUUAUAUUGACAACAUGUCAUUCUAAGAGUAGUUCAACAAAAACAGAUAACCAUUGUAUAAAAAAGACAUGCUCUUGUUGUACAUAUUCCUUUGACAAUUUUUUUAAGUAUAUCAAUCAUAAUGCAUAUACCAUAGUAUCAAUGGAAGGCAUAGGAUUUUGUUUAGCUGCUUCGAGGGCUUGGCAUGUUAUUGUUGGUAACGCUUUGAGAUUGGGUUCCAUAAACAGCAUUGGUGACUUUAUAUUAUUCCUGGCCAAGUGUUUGGUCACUCUGAUUGUUGGUUCUUUGGCAUUGUUCACUUUACGAUCUAACUCAGAAUUACAUUUUCAUGCUAUACCAAUCAUCGUUAUAUGUAUAUUUACAUUUUUUGUUGCUCACUGUGUCAUUUCAUUACACGAGGUGGUAAUUGAUACAUUAUUUUUAUGUGUAUGUGAAGAUAAAAAUAUUAAUGGAGAAAUGUGGCACAAGAGUCCAAUAAUAAAACUAUCAAAGUCUAAAAAGCCGAUUGUAAAAAAUUCUACUAACACACAAAUUAUAAAAACCAACACAUAAGGUUGUUUUAGCUUUUACGCAUUUUACACUUUUUCCUAAGAUUCCAAGAUUCUUUGUCUUAUUUAUAGUCAAUAAUUGUUUAAAAAAUACCUAUUUUAUAUUAACUGAUGGCAUAUAUUUAUAUUUAUUAACUUACAUUAAGUUGCUUACUAUUCUAAUGAGCACUGUGCAAUCUGUUUAUCCUAUUAUUAAAAAAAAAAAAAAAAAUUGUUAACUCAUUUAAACAUAUAUAUUUUUAAGAUGGACCAUUAUACAUUUGUUGAAACUUGACAUUUUAUUUUAUUUUAUAGUAUUUAUGUAUUUAUGAAUUUAGAGUUUAGAUAAUUGCCAGUUUGCAUGAAUGAUAGUUUAAAGGCUCAAUACAAUUUAAUAGAGCAAUAAAGCCUCAUGUUUAAGGGACCAUUAAUUCAUUAUUGACUCAUUAAAUACUUCUAUAGACAAUGUUUAUAAAUAUUUAUUUAUAUGUUAUCUUGAAUAUUUAAAUAUUUUUCAUGUUUUAAUUGGUUUAUACAAAUUUUAUUUUAAUGGAGUAUAUAUAUAUUUUUCAAACAACAAUUGUUAAUAUAAUGAAUAUUAUUGGUAAUAAUCCUCAGAUGGUUGAAAUAAUAUUUUUUUUUAAGUGUAUUUAUAUGAUUAUUUUUAAGAUGUACUUAAUAAGCUUUUUUAAAACUAAUACAAGAACAUGAUUUAUUAGGUAUAACUAUUUUUAAAAUUUUUAAAGAAAAUUUAUUAUAAUUCUUUAAUUUGUAUUUCACGUAUAAUUAAAAGUAUGACUGUAGCAAAUAUAUUAAUUAUUCAAUUAUGUUGUAAAAUAAAAACAGCUCUUUUAUAGUAAGGAAUCUAUUGACUACAACUGUCUGGUGUAUUAUGUAGUAUACUGAUUAUGUACACUGUUUAUACUGGAAAAUACAUAAGCUUUAUUAUUUU